CCCAACCUCUCAAGACACCUUUUUUUCAAAAUGCAGUGAGUUGUGUGUACAGUGAAAGUCCAAACACAUCAGAAAAAAGAGAAUUAAAGCAAAGGCUGUUCCCUUCUCCAUUCUUUUGCAUUUUGCUUUUGACCCUUUCUCUAUUUUCACUUCCUAUUUCCUCUCUUCUUUGCUCUACAAAUCUUGAGAAUUUCUGGGGGUUUAGUUUAAUUUUAUUUGAAUUUUUUCAUAUAUUAUUGGUGGGUUUUUGUGCUAGAUCGAUCUUGGCUUUGAAUGCAAUCAUUUGAAGCUGUUAACUGCUUCUUUGUAGAUCAAUAUCUAAUGGGUUUCCAUUAGAUUUGCUAGCUUUUGCUUACUCCAGUUUCUUUCUGAGGAGUCAAAAUUGAAUAUUUUGAGGAGUUUGCUGUGCAAAAAUCGAAUCUUUGAGGAUAAAUUCCUGAAACUUUGGGGGGCCAAAAUUAAAUUUAUAGAAUGGUAUAAGAAUUGGAAAUGAUGUUGAUAUUGGUGAGUGUGGUGUGAUUGAUGAGUGAGGAGCCACUAUUUGUUGUUUGCUGCUGUCCCCUCCAUUAGGUUUGGCAGAUAAGCAAGGCCACUGACUGGGACCUCUUGAAGAAAGAGAAAAAAAGUUAGCUUUUUGAUUCAAUUAUUAGAAUCUUGAUUGUGUUGUUAGAGCUUUACUUUGAAGGAAAAAAAUGGCACAGAGAGUUAAGGGUGCGCCACCCCUUCAGUCUAUCAAAUCACUGCCAGUGGGAUAUGCAUUUGAUUUGAACAAGUCUGAGGCUGUGAAUCAUAGAAUGGCAUCAAAUGCUGCUGUUUCCAAGAAUGAAGAAUUGUCGAGUGAGGCUAAUGGUAAUGCUGAUGGAUAUAUUGAUGAAUCCCCUUAUGGUAGAUUGAACUUUUCUGUAGAGGAAAGCCCGUCUAGCUGUGAUGAUGAUCGGAGAACCAAUGCAUUCGCCUCGUCCAAGUGGAGUGACACCACGUCUUAUGUGACAAAGAAGAAGCUCCAUUCAUGGUUUCAACUACCUGAUGUUAACUGGGAGCUGGCAACAAUCAUUUCGAAAUCUGGAAAUGAAGUUCUCAUAUCAUUGUCUGAAGGAAAGGUCUUAAAAGUUAAAGCUGACGAUUUAUUACCUGCGAAUCCUGAUAUUCUUGAUGGUGUGGAUGAUCUCAUGCAAUUGAGUUAUUUAAAUGAGCCAUCAGUGUUGUACAAUCUUCAGUACAGAUACAAUAGAGAUAUGAUUUAUACGAAAGCUGGUCCAGUUCUUGUUGCCGUGAAUCCUUUUAAGAAAGUCUCGUUGUAUGGCAAUGAGUACAUUGAAGCAUAUAAACGUAAAUCCAUUGAGAGCCCACAUGUAUAUGCCAUCACGGAUAUGGCAAUAAGAGAAAUGGUUCGAGAUGAAGUGAAUCAGUCUAUCAUUAUAAGUGGGGAAAGCGGAGCUGGCAAAACUGAAACAGCAAAGAUAGCCAUGCAAUACUUGGCUGCCCUUGGAGGUGGUAGUGGAAUAGAGGAUGAGAUUCUGAAAACGAAUCCGAUUUUAGAAGCCUUUGGUAAUGCUAAAACUUUAAGAAAUGACAACUCAAGUCGAUUUGGGAAACUUAUUGAGAUUCACUUUAGUGAGACUGGAAAAAUAUCAGGGGCUAAUAUUCAAACAUUUUUACUUGAAAAGUCCAGAGUGGUUCAAUGCAGUGAGGGAGAAAGGUCAUAUCAUAUAUUUUAUCAGCUCUGCGCAGGAGCUCCAGGGGCUCUCAAAGAGAAAUUAAAUUUGAAGGAUGUAAGUGAGUAUAACUACCUGAGACAAAGCAAUUGCUACUCAAUUUCUGGGGUUGAUGAUGCCGAACAAUUUCGUAUUGUAAUGGUAAUAUUCUUCUCGCUAUUUGACUUUGNGCAACAACACUUUAACCGUCACUUGUUCAAGUUGGAACAAGAGGAGUAUAUUCAAGAUGGCAUUGAUUGGACAAAAGUUGAUUUUGACGACAACCAAGAUUGUCUAAAUCUGUUUGAGAAGAAACCACUGGGUUUGUUAUCUCUGUUAGACGAGGAGUCCACCUUUCCUAAUGGCACGGACAUGUCAUUUGCCAACAAACUCAAGCAGCAUCUAAAUUCUAAUCUUUGUUUCAGAGGUGAACGAGGGAAGGCUUUUACAGUAUGCCAUUAUGCAGGGGAGGUUACUUAUGAUACAACUGGAUUUCUUGAGAAGAAUCGUGAUUUACUGCACUCCAAUUCAAUUCAGCUUCUAUCUUCUUGCAAGUACCACCUUCCUCAAACGUUUGCAUCAAAUAUGCUUGCUCAAUCUGAAAAGCCUGUUGUUGGCCCAUUGUACAAAUCUGGUGGAGCAGACUCCCAAAAAUUAAGCGUUUCCACCAAAUUCAAGGGACAAUUAUUCCAGCUAAUGCAACGAUUAGAGACCACGACUCCACAUUUCGUACGUUGUAUCAAGCCCAACAAUUUUCAGUCUCCUGGAAAGUAUGAGCAAGGACUUGUAUUGCAGCAGUUACGAUGUUGUGGUGUCUUAGAAGUAGUUCGAAUAUCAAGAUCUGGGUUUCCUACCAGAAUGUCCCAUCAGAAGUUUGCUAGAAGAUAUGGAUUCCUUUUAUUCGACCAUGUUGCAUCGCUAGAUCCACUCAGUGUCUCAGUUGCAAUAUUACAUCAGUUCAAUAUUCUGCCUGAUUUGUACCAAGUUGGCUUCACAAAGUUGUUCUUCCGAACUGGGCAGGUUGGUGUUCUUGAAGAUACCAGAAAUCGCACUCUCCAUGGCAUUUUACGUGUUCAAAGUUGUUUUAGAGGUCACCAAGCUCGCCGACAUCUCAAACAAUUGGGCAGAGGAAUUGCUACACUUCAGUCAUUUGUACGUGGUGAGAAAGCUAGAAAAGAAUAUGCAAUCUUGCUACAGAGACACAGAGCAGCUGUGUGUAUACAAAAGCAGAUAAAAUACAGGACCAAAAGGAAAACUUACAGAAAUAUUCAUAAUGCAUCAAUUGUGAUACAAUCUGUGAUUCGUGGCUGGUUAGUCCGAAGAUGCUCAGGAGACAUUGGACUCUUACAAUUUGGAGGCAGAAAGGGUAAUGAGUCAGAAGAGGUGCUUGUGAAAUCUUCUUUCCUGGCAGAGUUACAACGUCGAGUUCUUAGAGCUGAAGCUGCUCUACGAGAAAAAGAAGAGGAGAAUGACAUACUUCACCAGAGACUGCAGCAGUAUGAGAAUCGUUGGUCAGAGUAUGAGUUGAAAAUGAAAUCCAUGGAAGAAAUAUGGCAGAAACAAAUGAGAUCGCUGCAGUCAAGUCUUUCCAUUGCAAAAAGGAGCUUAACCCUUGAUGAUUCCAGGAGGAACUCUGAUGCGUCUGUCAAUCCAACCGAUGAGAAAGAGUCUAGUUGGGAGACGGGAAGCAACCAUAGGGCCCGAGAGAGCAAUGGAGCAAGGCCAAUGAGCGCAGGUCUUAGUGUCAUAAGCCGAUUAGCUGAGGAGUUUGAGCAGAGGAGUCAAGUAUUUGGUGACGAUGCUAAGUUCUUGGUGGAAGUAAAAUCAGGUCAAGUUGAGGCUAACUUAAAUCCGGAUCGUGAGCUAAGGAGGUUGAAGCAGAUGUUUGAAGCUUGGAAGAAAGAUUACGGAUCAAGAUUGAGAGAAACAAAGGUGAUUCUGAAUAAACUCGGGAGUGAUGAAGGAGCCAGCGACAAAAUGAAAAAGAAAUGGUGGGGAAGGAGGAAUAGCACAAGGUUUAACUAAUUUGCCUUCAUAAAAAUCUUAUUUUGCGUCUCAAAGUUUUUGCUUUACAUACGAGGCAGGUGUUGUGCAGGGAGCAAAUUUGUAUAGAAGUGAAAUGGAUGUUAGUAUAAUGUGAGACACGUAUUAUGUAAUUUGGAAAUACCCGCGUUUCCGUAAAGUUAAUCAUUGUUUAUGAUAUUCAUAUUUGUGUUAAACAACUCAUUCUAUAGCAGCAAAGACAAGGAAGGUUAGAAAUUUCA